AUGCAGAUACUCCGGACGUUCAACCAAGAUUUUAUCUUCGACAUGCACGGGUUGAAUAUUCUUCAGAUUGCCCGGGACGGAUUCUCCACAUCGGAUCUUGUGGGAACUCUCAAGGUAUUGGAGCCGAAUCUAAAGAGGAGCCUGCACCGCGCAAGGCGCGAGCUGGCCAAUUCCCAGGACGAUCCGGCAAUUCGACUGGGGCUGAUCGCACCCAUGGGAUAUUUCCCAAAGGGGGAGCCUGUGGAGAAGCGCUUGGUCAAAACCCAGAUAGAUUUGACGGUCGUCAGAAACGUCGAUAUCCCGGGCAGCAGCAAAUCUCUCGAGUUUUACAUCCGGAGAUACUUCAUGAGGGAACUCAGGCGGGAUUUUGAUGAGAUUCCCGAGGAUAUUGAUUUCUGGCCUGUGACGACGUUCAGGCAGCUCAAGGUGCCCGUCCUUUUGCACAGCGCGAGCGACGAAACGACGGUGCACACUCUUCACACAACGGGAACGGCAAAUUACAGGAGAGGGGAGGCCAGGAAUGAUUGGAUCUGGUUCCGUCAAAAACCCGCUAACCUGGAGCCAUUGCAGGGCCUUUGCCCGGCAACUCUACUGGCGGUGUUGAAGCUGACAGAUCCGGGACGGAGAGAGGCAAGGCUGUUGGCGGCGAUUUUCCCGCUGAAGCCCGACUUGAACGGUACGCCCAACGCCCACCACGGCUUGAUAAGGGUAUCUCGCUACAUCAACGCUUUUGACGAUAUAUGGGUGGUCAAUAUCAAGAGCAUCCUGGGUGCCGCUCAUUUUGUUCCCGAAUCUACCUCACCUACAAAUAACCGGUGGUUUAUCAACACUACAAUUGACCUGUCAACUUACGGGUCAAUUUACUAA